UUUUGUACUUGACAUUUGUUUAUUUGAUUUGGGGGGUUGUUCUAAGUUGAAUAAGUUACUUUUUUUAUUUUUUUUGAUUCAAUUUUUAUUCACAACCGAAUAAAUAUAUAUGUAUUAUGAAGCUGAGUUUAAACAGGUUUUACACAAAACGGAACGCAAAAGAAAGUGAAAUUUGCACAUCAAGACUCAAUACAUAUUAUGUAUGUAUUUGUCUAUGUUUUUUAUCGUUGUUUAUAAACUGUUAUCAAUUAACAAUCCAAGUAAUAAAAUAAUAGAGAAAGCUCAAUUACAACGUCAAUUUACUAAAGUUCAUUUAAGUUUUUUCUGACCUCUGAGUAGUGGGUAGGUGCCUACUUGCGUAACAAAAAUGCAAAUGAAGAAAUAUAUAGCUUCAUUGGAUGUUGGAACGACCACAAUAAGAUGUUUUAUAUUUGAUCUAAGUUUCAAAAAAGUGGGUGGUUCAACAGAAUUGGUUCAGCUUUUAAAUGAUGAGCCUGGUUAUUUCGAAAUCGAACCAGAAAGACUGUGGAAAAGCAUUAUUAAUGUAAUAAAGAAUGCUAUUGCAGACGCAUCAAUAAAUAUUAAAGACGUUCUAGGUUUAGGAAUUUCUACUCAAAGAUCUAGUUUUAUUACUUGGAAUCGCGAAACUGGAGAACAUUUUCAUAAUUUUAUAACUUGGAAAGAUUUGAGAGCUGACCAAUUAGUCCAAAAAUGGAAUAAUAGUUUUCUUCUAAAAAUCAUUAAUAACUUUUCAUACUUCUUGUAUCUUAUUACAAGAAGCAAAAGAUUUUUGGCCGCCAGUGUUUUGAAAAUGAUGAAUUCUCAGGUAACACUUAGAUUAGUCUGGCAAAUGGAAAACAAUAGCAAGUUAAAAGAUGCUAUCAAUCAAAAACUUGCUUUAUUUGGAACGUUAGAUUCCUGGUUAUUAUAUAAGCUGAGAAAAAAUUCUUUGGAUAUUGAAAAAUUUGAUCAUAUCAGUGACAUAACGUCCUGUACUGCUACAGGUUUUUUCGAUCCAUUUACCUUGCAAUGGUCGCCAUUGGCUUUUCGAAUAUUUAAAAUUCGGGAAGAAAUGUUACCAAAGGUUGUUGACAAUAAUUACAAUUUUGGAUAUGUUCACAAAUCCAUUUUUGGUGAAAGUAUAAAAAUUUCAUCAUCAUUUAGCGAUCAAUCGGCUGCAAUGUGGGGAUCUUCCUGUUUUGACGAUGGAGAUGUUAAAGUUACCUUAGGAACUGGUUCAUUUUUGAAUCUUAAUACAGGGAAAGAAUGCCAAGCAUCACUUUCAGGAUUGUAUCCAAUGGUUGGAUGGCGAUUUAAGUCUGGAGACAAUUCUUUUUGUUUCACGUAUUGUAUGGAAGGUGCGGCCAAUGACACUGGAACAGUUAUUAACUGGGGAUUAAAUUGUGGCCUUUUUGAUGAUCCAACACAAACUUCAAACUUGGCUGAGUCAGUUUCCGACACAGACGGAGUUUACUUCGUGCCGGCAUUCAGUGGUAUAGGGCCGCCUAUCAAUGACUAUAAAUCAGCAUCUGGUUUCUUAGGGAUAAGGCCUUCUACCCAAAAAGCUCAUAUGGUCAGAGCGUUACUAGAAAGCAUAGCGUUUCGUGUUUUCCAAUUGUAUGAAUGUACCAAAAACGAGACUUCGUACAAUCUUAAAUGUAUUCGAGUGGAUGGCGGAGUUUCUAAAAAUAAUUUUAUAUGUCAAUUAAUUGCCGAUCUGACGAAUUUAAACGUUGAAAGAGCGACAGCAACAGAAGCUAGCGUGUUAGGAUCAGCAUUCGUUGUUGCUUUUAAUGAAGGUUUAUGUACGAAUAUCAAAGAACUAAAAAAAUUUAGAAAGAUUGACAGAAUUUUUGAACCCCGUAUCGAAAUAGGAUUAGAAUAUAAAACUAAACUUAAAGUUUGGGAAGAUGUUUUAACACGUUUUAAAGGAUGGUAUAAAUAAUAUUUGGAAGAGCGAGAAGUUUCUUAUGUAAAUUUCAAUUAAAGACAAUAUUUGUAACAUUCUGCGAUAAUAUGUAUAUAUAAACUCUUAAUUAGUAUACAUAUUUUAAAUAGCUAUCAACUGCCUUCCACUAUAUAAUACACUAAUUAUUAGCAAUAAAUAAUAUGGCAAAAUAAGAUGUACCUAUAGGAAUUUUUACAGGUUGAUUGGUUGUGGAAUUCGACUUUUAUUUUUUAUCAAUUUAUCAGAAAUUGUUAUCAGAGAUUUUAAAAACAUUUUUUGUUAGCGUUACAAUUAAGAAUAAA